UAGUUUUGCCUUAGUACCGAUGUGUAGACAAUAGUAUUCACUUAUAAGAUAGAAGUUUAAAGUGAGGCUAAUGAGCCAGACAGGUUUGGACGCUCUCAUUGGUUCACAAGCUGUGACAGAGCGGAAACCCUUCGACUUCAGGCUUCCGUUCGCAUGUAUAUAACCCAAGAACAAAUGUUUCUMUCCGCCGCUGCCUUAAGAACCCCGUAUUGAUAACAGACCACUUAAUGUCAUUCGAAUUAUUGUACUUUAAUUUCAUAUCAGAUGACAAACCUUGAAGUGACUCAUUGAACGGCCAACACAUGUUGCGGAGGGAGGUCGAAGGACGCCAGUCAUUUCCAACACUUCACGAUCGUUCGGCAAUGAGAGAACAACAAGAACAACAUCUCAAUGGACUCCAUAUAAAUGAACUUUCUCUACCAAGACGACAUAGUAGCUUAGCGUCUAGUAGUUCAACAAGAGCAGAGAAAACAGGGAGAAGUACUAGAAGUAAUAGUGUAAGCAGCUCGAGUAGUCUACCACUGCAAAUGCCGUCCAACCGUCCUAUAGACCUGUCAAGAAGACGAUCAAGUAUCACCAAGUCGACCAUAAAAGAGAGAAAGGAGUCUUCCARCAGUUCGUCUUCAGAGCAGUAUUCUUUUGUAGUGCUUGGUGUUGGAGGAGUAGGCAAAACAGCCCUUAUAGUUCGAUAUGUGACUGGUCGGUUUCUCCACGARUAUGACCCUACUUUGGAAAUGACAUACGAGAAAGAACUGGAUAUCGGUGAGAACACUGUAUCACUUGCCAUCAUGGACACAGCUGGGAACGGCCAAGCGUCGUACAUCAAGCAAGGGGAUGGCUUUAUUGUCGUGUAUUCCAUAACUGACUAUUAUAGCUUUGAGGUCGCUCGUCAGUUAAUYAAACUAAUUAAACAAGUACGACAUACAAGCGAUGUUUGUCAAGUACCCAUCGUCCUUGUCGGCAACAAACGAGAUUCUCGCCGCGGUCGAAGCGUGUCUAAGAAUGAGGCGAGAGAAGUAGCGUCAGAAUACGGUUGCUCUCAUUACGAAACGUCAGCGUUAACAAACCGCAAUGUACAUGUGGUGUUUUAUAACAUGGUAUUUCAAGCUCGAUUUACUAAAGCGUCGAAUGGAAAGUCGAAGAAAUCGCAGACUUCGCCAGGUCAAAACAAUGGUUUUUUGAACUCAGUCAAACAGUUGUUUCACCAAUCUGGUAGACUGUCAAGACGAGCUAGCCUACCGUCGUAGUAACACGUGAUAUGUCACUGAUCACGUAGAAUCUGUGRGGCUUCGUUGAUGAACGGUGGUGGUACUACGCCGUCCGUAUCACGUGAUUAUACGUYAUAGAUCACACGAGAGUAAURUCCAUCGAACAGAGUAAAAAUACUUGGCUUGCAAAGAAGGGUUUGAACUCAGGAUUGAACACGGUCGCUUUCCUGUCUUGGAGAAGUAGUAUAUAUGUAUAUACGUCACAGAGUCAUGUGAUUGAGUUAAUCACGUGGAUAAUACAACAGCCACUUUCGAGCCAAUAGAAAACCCUGACGCUUUUAAUGUCGUCCGUCGUCUUGUCUAGAAACGUUAUAGAAUAUACGUAGUGUUCUUAUACUGGAAUUAGCCAAGGACAGAAGGAGACAUGACAUGUUCAAUCAGUCCAGCAUAAAUGUACAUUUCCAAGAAAAACGGUCCGGAUACGAAUAUUUUCAGAACGUGCAAUUAAGUACCGCAGACAUUGAAAAAAUAGUUACAUACCAUACUUACUGCCUUUAUUAAUGACCUUCAUAAAUGACGCGAUAUGUCACGGUCACCGACGAGGGCAGUGUGUACGAAGUACUAAAACAAGCUCUCAAAGGGCAGCCUCCGCAUACUAAACUUAGAUGGUCUCCAGUCACACUCCAUUACAUGUUUCAAACCUUGAUACUAGCACACCGCAUAUGUGUCGUUGUUUGGAUUUUUCAUGUGUAGGACGGUGUAUAAGAGAGGAGUAUAGUCGCUCUUGGGCAAAGUAUUAUAGUCCGGAAUUCAGCUAAUCAGGGGUGUACGUUGCUUACCAUCUCCUGCAGAUCAACCGAGUAAUCCCUGAAAAUAGAGAUCAAAAGCAAUCACUCAAUAGGAAGAAUUUAUUAGUGAAUUGGCUCUAAUCACGUGCCCUAAUAGACCUUAUUGCAAGUAUGGCCGCCAUCUUGAAUUUCGAAAAUUACAUUCUCUGGUGUUUCAAAAUUUGAAUUAUUGUAGAGCUGACAUCCAAUGAAUAAUCGGUAGCCGAAUUUUUUUCACAUUAUACUGAUAUAUUUUAGUGAAUUUCCUUGCAUUCUCACAGGCUUAGAGUCUAUAAAUUUCUUGUUAAGUGACUCAGGAUAUCCCAUAGUUUCUUAUUGCAUCCGGGAUACUGACAGCGAUAGAAUUCAAGAUGGCGACAGUAUAUUAGUAAUAGAGGUUUGKUAAUUCUACCAAAAUUUAUUUUCAUUAGAAACAAAUGUUAUUGAAUAUAAAUAUUCAUUAAAAAAUGAGUUGUAUUUCA